AAAAUGGUAACGUCGUUAGAUGGCGGGAAGAUUUGUGUUUGUAUAACUGAAGUUUACUGCCAAAGAAAUAAAAGCCAAAAGUUAAAGUUCUAGAGUAUUUACAUUUUCAUUGACAUCGUGCACCAACUUCAAUAGGUUUAGGAAUGGCAACUGGAGGUGCAUUUCGAAAUAUGGCAUCUGGCAGUUUCAGUGACUUAAAAAAGCAGGCACGCUACAUUGAUGAGACAAUUUCAGACUUGAAUUUGAAGCUUGCAUAUCCUGGAAGCAUGUUUAAACCAAGCAAGAUUCAUCAUACUGAAAAGAUUCUAGAGGAACUCAUGUCAGAAAAUGAAGGAAUUUUGCAAAGCAUCAAUGAAGAAAAAGAGAUUGCUGAGCAUAAUCUUCAAGAGUUGGAGAAAUUUCUGAAUGAGAUGAAUGUGAGUGUACUCAGUAUUAUUAAUGAACAGAAAAAUUUAGAAGAACAAAUGAAGCAGUAUGGGUACACUCCACUGGCAGAAACUCAUACCACCUUGCAAGAAAAGGAAAGUAGCAAUGAUGCCAUGGUGGAUGAACACAAUGGCAGUGAUGCAUCAUCUUGGGAGGAACAGUUGGAGGGGAUUUCGAUUGCUAGUGACACUACAGUUCAGGAUAUUUAUAACAUGAACAUGACAUCACGAGCUGCACCUCCUUCAGAACCUCUGUUCUCAAAAUACUACUACCUUGCACUUGGAUUGCCUGUGCCUCCACAGGUUUUGAACAGCACUGCAAGCAAGACCUGCACUUAGGAAAGUUUCAUACAUGUUACAGUCUCUCAUAGUGUUUUCAGUUAACUAAAAUCAUUUGUAAAGAAACCUAGCAGCAAGUGUUUCUGGUGAAAUAAUUUUCAAAUCUCCCCCAAAUGUCAACUUUCCGAUAACAGCUAGACACUAGCAAACACUGAUUUGUCAUUUUGAAGCAAAACACCAUCUUCUCAGGUUUCAGAUUCUUACAUCGAGUAAUUAAGAUUAUGUGACAUCAUAUAGUUUGGUACCUACCAGAUUAUUCUGUAUUAUAACCCAGAAGGCCAUACAUCUUUGCAUUUUCUGGGUUACGGUAAUGCCUCCGUAGUUAAUGACAGAGAGUUAUUCUCUUCAGUAUUGCCAAAUGUUGAGCUCAAUUCAAGACAGAUUUAAUUUGUUAUUUAAAUUUAUAUAUGAAUUGCCCAGAAUUUUGCUUUUUGGUGUAAACUGUCUGAUGCAGUUACAUAUUAGUGGACAGGAUUUGGUAGUUCGGUGCCAGAGCACAUUUCUGCAAAAUGGAUCAUAUAAUUUUGCUACGAGGCUUGUAUUCAUGAUGACAAUUACAAAUUGAGCACCACUUGCCAGGUUUAAGGUAAUCAUGAUUUUAAUAGUGUAUACAUUAUGUUGCUGAUGGAAGAGGUGUGGGUAUGAUUGCUAGAUUUUAGUUCUGGAUCUGACCAGUCUGUGCCAUUGUUCAAUUUAAUAUCCACAUGAAAGAACAACUCACUUAUAUUGUAAGUAUUUUGUAUUACCAUAUGCACACACUGCCCCACUCCUCUCAUUUUUAUUUAAUGCAGCGGAAUCCCCAUUUAAUUUUGCUCACUUUUUAAGUUUUCCCUCAUUUAAUCUUCAAUUUCAGUGAUUCUAAAUUAAUAAUCUCAUUGAUAAAUUACCUCCAUUUAAAAUUUUCCUUGGUUUAAUGUUCAAAUCCCCUGCUCUUCAAAGGAAUCAUAAAUGGGGGUUUCACUGAUAUUCUAAUAAUGAGUAUAAAUUAAUUUAUACCCAAAUAAUUAUAACAAAAACUGAAAUUUAUGUAAAUUAUAAUCUUAUUAUUCUGUAGUUUGUUAUUGUCCUGACAACAGACUAAGCAAUUCCCAGAAAUGUGAAUUGGUAGUUUCUUUCUUCUCUUAUAUAUAUAGGACAGUUGUGUUUAAUGGAUGGAAGGAGUGACUUCCUGGUGCAUGCAGUCAAAUACUGAAUGGCACUGGUCUUGUAUUGUAUUGUAUUUGUAUUUAUUGUAAGUUCAAGAGAUCCAAAGAUGGAUAUAGAACAUGUCAUAAAAUAAUAUAGAGCAUAGAAUACAUACAUAGUUAGUACACGACUGUACAGUACAGUGAAUACAACAAUAAUAAAAGUUAUCUAUUUAGAUAUUCAUCCACAGUAUAAAACGUGUGAGUGUUCAAGAAAUGCCUUAAUACAACCUUAAACUUUUUAAAAUUAUUAGAUGUGUUCUUCAUCUCUAUGGGCAAUUUAUUAAAUAUUUUUAUACCUGUGUAAUAAACCCUUUUUUGAUAAAUAGUUAAAUUAGCUUGAGGUAGAUGCAAAUCUUUUCUUUCUCUAGUAUCAGUAGUAUGAGAAUCAGUGUUUUAUAGAAAAAGAACUUUAUUUUGCAAUACAAAUACUAACAGUGAAAAUAUAUAUUGUGAUGAAAAUGAUAAAAUAUUUAACUCUGAAUAUGUUUCUACACGAAACUCUAUUGCCAUAUCCCAACAUCGCUCUGAUAGCCUUUUUCGGAGAAGAGAAAUAGCAGAACUGUGAGAUGAGUUUCCCCAAAAGAUGAUACCAUAGCUCAUUAAGGACUGAAAAAAGGAAUUACCAGAGCUGAAAUAGACAUAUAAUAUUUAAUAUUUCUAAUUAUGUAACAAGCCUUACUUAAUUUUUUUACAAGUAAAUCAAUAUGAUACUUCCAUAUAAAGGCACUAUCAACUAUAACUCCCAAAACUUUAGUACUGAGGACACUGUUGAUAAACUUAUUAUUAUGAAUGUAUCUGACAUUAUUGUCCUAGUUUUAAAUUGAAUACAGUCUGUCUUGUUAAAGUUUAAAGAUAAUUUAUUAGUUCUAAACUAUCCAUUUAAGAUUUCAGUUGUUAUAAGAAUAUUUCUGUUAAGAUCAUUUAUAUUAGAAUGUGAUAAUAAGAUGCUAGUAUUAUCAGCAAAAAUUAUAGGUGUAGAAAAUUUAUUUAAUAUUUUAGGCAAGUCAUUUAUAUUUAAGAGAAACAACAAAGGCCCUAAUACAGACCCUUGCGGCACUCCCUGCCUAACAUUAAGCCAAUCUGAGGAUACUGCAUUCACAUCACUUUUAUGUAUUACUGUUCUAAUAUAUCUGUUACUUAAAUAAGAUUCAUAAAGCGCGUGAUCUUUCCCAGUAAUACCAUAAAAUUGAAGUUUGGCAGAGAAGAUUUGGACUUACGAGGGAGGAAGUAACAGGAGGAUGAGAACUUGAACUGCAGAGGGAUCCAUAAUUUGUACUAUUCAUCAAAUAUUUUUAAGGAAAACAAAUGAAGGAAGAUGGAAAGGGUAGGAUAUGUAAGAAGUACAGAAAGUUUUAGUUGAAAAAUAUGUCUUAAAGAAAUGAGAUAUAAGGAUGCGACAUGAAUUCCUCUGGACCAGGACAGAGACAUAUGGCAGGCGUCAUAAGCAUAGUAAUGCACCUUUUGAUUCUGUAAAGGCUGGAGUUUUCUUGACCAGCGGAAUGGCUAUCAGCUUCUCAAGAAUGACUUUGCUCCAUUGAGUUAACUUCAUCCCUUUAUUUUUAAAAUGGUCCUGCUGUCACAGAAUUUAAGAAUUUCACAUCAGCAUCUUUCAUUCUAUGGU